UCGACCCCAGCCAGCAUACUAGCAGAAGGUCUCCAGACACUAGCAAUUUUAGCUAAAGAGAACCUUCAUCGUGAAUAUUUGAAAAUAAACUCAGCUCUCCAGAAAAAAUGUGAAUAUAUGAAGCGAAGUUUAAAUAUUGAGGACCUAAAUUAUCUGAAGCCUUCAAACAAGAAAGGAAAAGGAGAAAAUUACUGCAGGAUUAUUGAAAUCAAUCAAACACAACGUUCAAACUUAUCAGAAGAGCCUGUUGUACCAGCACAUCCACCUAAUACCUGCCCGAACUGCAGUGAGAGCAAGUUCACAAUUUUAAGCUCCAAUAAUUUGUGCAUCUUUGUAACUUUAAGUGGAAGGUAUGAUCUGUAUACCCCAAUAUUUAGGUGCAAGUGCGGAUAUGUAGAUGAAGAACUUGGGAAAGCCAUGCACCAGUCUGGUUUUUAUUCAACUGGAAGAAAUAGUAGCACUUUCUACAGCAUAAAUCUAUUGGAUUCCUGGCAUUUUCUCAAGAGAAGCAGCCCUGGAACUUCUCUUCAGGCUUUAGUUAGUGCACUGGAAUUAUUUGGUGCUUCUCGAGGGCGUCAUGGUCCCAUCAAUUUUGAAACAACAAAAAGAGUCUUCUUUGAAUGGCGUUUCCAUCAGUAUGAACUUGGGAGAAUAAAAGGAGAAUUUGACAAGGGGUGCCCUGCAUGUGAUACAACACCUGUGGUUGUACAUAUUGAUGGCAACAAGAAACUGUAUCGUUACAACAAAGUUGGGAGAGCGUACAGAAGAACUGACAGAGGGGGCACUCUUUUGGAAUCACAGAAAAAUUAA